ACAGGAUGAGAGUGAUAAAUUCAAUAUAAAAUACAUAAAACAGAAAGAAUAGAUGGAAAUCCAAGAAAACAAAAGCUGUGAUUCUAUUAAUCCCCGGACGCACUUGAAUCUCAAUAAUCAGACGGUCCUCGAAGUCAUAUGAAGUCAUUUCCUCGUUAUCGAUCAUCGAGCGAAGGAGGCAAAGGAAAGAAAUGUUAGGAUUCGAUAAUGUAAAUCGAAAGUUUUAAUUUCUGUCGACACAUUAUCUUGAUAAUUUUCUACGCAUUUAUAAUUGCUCGAUAUCUACAGGUGAUGCAACACUUGGAUCCACUAUGUCUCAUGUUCAAAAUUGGAGGAGGCAGUGUAAUUCCUCUCCCUCCCUCCCUCCCUGGUUUUCUGUAAUUUCCGGCGUGAGGUGGAUUCGCGGCUCUUUCUGAUAUAGUAGGAGUAGCGAAGGGAGGAGAAGGAGGAGGAGGAGAAGGAGAGAGAGAGAGAGGAGGAGAGAGAGAGAGAGAGAAAAAGAGAGACCAGGGUCCGUGCGCGUAUAUAUGGUUUCGGAAGGACUCGCGGGUGACGUUCGCUCUCGCCGCCACCACUGUCGCUCGAUCCACAUCCACGUACGAUCGGACUCGCAUCAGUCGCGCUCCGCCCGUCCUGAGAAUCGUUCGUGUCGCGGUUUCUUCGCGCGUCCGUCGCUCGUCGCACGCGGUGCUAGCUUCUCUCCUCGUAGCCGUUUCUCCCGGUCUUCUGUUUUAAAACGUUCUUGCUUCUCACCGGCGGCCAGACCUUCUUGUGCCGUAGAACGUAACGCUGAUCCUUCUGCAAAACGACAAGCUACUUAGAACGCUUAACAUUCUGGAAAUCUCCCGACAUUCUUAAUCGGAACAAGAACCAAAAGAUUAUCAAUCAUGAAUGGGGUAUCGAACCAAUGCGCAAAGCUGAAGAUGUACGAUGGCGAAGACGACAAUUCGACGAUAAUGAUCAAGAAACCCUUGCCAUUAAGGGCGGUUUCGUGGGGCGACAACAUCGAAAAAACUGACUUAGAUGUUCCCGGAACACCCAAAACACCACGUACAUCAACGACGAAAGGCCAUGAGAAGUGCAUGUUCCACCAUGAUUUGGAGCUGGACCACCGCCCACCGACGCGAGAGGCGAUGAUACCGGAAAUGACGCGAAGUUACAAGCUACUAUUAAGCUCGCUGGGCGAAGACCCGGAACGACAGGGACUUUUGAAAACUCCGGAACGCGCCGCGAAAGCCAUGCUCUUCUUCACGAAAGGAUAUGAUCAGAGUCUUGAGGAUGUAAUUAACGAUGCGGUAUUUGAUGAGGAUCACGAUGAAAUGGUGGUUGUAAAGGACAUCGAGAUGUUCUCCAUGUGCGAACAUCAUUUGGUGCCUUUUUAUGGGCGCGUAUCUAUUGGUUACCUCCCCUGCAAGAAGGUACUGGGUCUCAGCAAGCUCGCCAGGAUCGUGGAAAUCUUCAGCAGACGACUCCAACUGCAGGAACGACUCACAAAACAAAUUGCGAUAGCGGUCACGAAGGCUGUGCAACCUGCGGGAGUAGCCGUUGUGAUUGAGGGAGUGCACAUGUGCAUGGUAAUGAGAGGCGUGCAGAAGAUCAACAGCAAGACAGUGACCUCGACGAUGUUGGGCACGUUCCGGGACGAUCCGAAGACCCGCGAGGAGUUUCUGAAUCUGGUGCACAAGUAAACGGUCGAGUCGCGUCGCGGUGUCAUUAUCAUCGGCCACCAGUGGGACCAGUAAAUUUCAACGCAUGGCACCUCGACUGCUCUCCGACAUCCGACCGCUACCUCGUUGGCAGAGCCUCCCCGUAGGACUUCGGGAUCAUCGCCGCCACCGCGAAAAUCCCUCCCGUACAUUCCGUUUGUUUUCCUGUAAAUAGAUAUGCGUCGAUCUUGAUUCCACGUGCUGCGGUUUUCCCUUCCCUACAGCACGCUCGGAAAAGUCCAGGGAUGAUCGCUUUUCGGGACCAAGAUAGCGCGAUAGCGGAUGGUAGAGGCGACCGUUCGAGGCGUCCGCCAUUGAUAGGGACGCGCUCAAACUGCUGAUCGAGUGACACUGACAAUAGCGAUGACUAUAAUCGCGUCGUGAUCAUCCGCGGAAAAUGUUCGCGGAACGAUGAUGACGACGCGAAUGAUUCGCGAGCGAUUUGUCGCGUCGCGACGGGGACGAUGAACGACGUGCGUCCUUGAGGGCGUGAAGGGGCAGCGAAGAGGAAGUUUAAUCCGUCGAUCCGACGAAUUAUUCAACGCGAUAGAGAAUAUCUAUGGGAACGAAAGAUCGCUGCUGGAUCAGCGAUAAUUUUGUUGCGGAGAGCCCCCGUUCGUUGCGUCUUCGACUGUUGCUUACGAAGGAGCGUUUUAGGAAAAUUUUUUUAAAACGAAGGUUCCCGGCAGGCGCAAACUCACACGACAGUCGACGCGUUUCUUCUGACAAUAAAUUAUACACCCCAUAGAUUAGUAAAUUCUUUUGAAGAGAUCGCGCUCGACUCCUUCGUCCAUUUGCGUCGACCGUGCGAGCUUUCGAAAUUCAUAGCUUUACGUCGCCAACAUUCCACGGUACUUGACGUUUUUUUAACGCGUGCGUUUUUCACGAUUGCGAAACUCGACAGCCACGGGUUUCGCAUCGUCGUCGAUCCGCAUUGCGUAAUCAAUGCCUCCUUUUAUUCGUUAUGUUUGGUAUUCGUUAAUAAGCGUAUUUAAAGCGACAAUUGGAACGAUAUUUUCAAAAGUUAGCCAUUUUUCGUUUCCGCAGCUUUUAAACUUCUAAUAUUUCAAAUCAAGACAUAUACUCAAAUUAAAUUAUUUAAAAUUAACUAGAAAACGAUAUUUCGUUAUAUAUUUGAUAUUCUGAUAUGUAACUUAUCAAAAAAUUCCUUUCUAAUUAAUUGUAUCUCACAAACUAUUUAUUUAUAUUUGGAUACUUAUAUCGAAAAAAUUAUUUCGCGUUUUUAAAUGCGCUUAUUAUCGAAUGCCGCAUGUCAUUCUCUAAUAAAUGAUCAUCUCGCUUUAGUUUGACUUAACUUUAAAAGGACUCGCGAAGAAAGUGUCAUGAAAUGCGCACUGCUUCAGCCAUGCAUUGUGCAUCGUGACGAAUUGUGAAAAACAUUAUUUUCAAAGUAUACACCGCAUUUGCCUAUCCAUUCGUCGAGAUGUAUCCCAGGCGAAGUCCAUCUUUAAAUUGUCCAUCUCGAAGGGUAUUCUCGACCGCAUCACGAAUUGCAUAUCAUUAAACUUAUUUUUGCGUAUUCUAUGUUAAUUAAAAGAUAAAAAUAUUAUUAUCGCAAGUUUAUAAAUGUUGUUAAAUCCACGUGAGAAUGAUUUAUCUUAUUUGGGAAUGUGAAAAUUUACAAAGAUGUUAUCUACUGUUGCACUUUAUUUUUUGCUUGCUUACGGCUAGUCCGUGAGCAUCGCUUCUCACACAGAAUUUUACUGAUAUUUUUAACUAUAUAAUAAGAUAACAUAGCUUAUUUUAUGUACGUAUCAUGUUUUGUUGGAGUAUGUGAUUUAAAACUUCCUGCCUCAACAGACUGAAGUGACAGAGCUUCGGUAUAUUCUCCGAUUACUUUCUGAAUGUGAAAGGCUGGAGAAAGAUGUUCAAGUUAUGCCUAUGAAAGUGAACAUUCAAUAUCUGUAAUAUUUUUCUGAUGAUAUUAUAUAAAAGUUAUAUUUAUAUUUUCAA